GACUUUGGAGGUAGAGCAGAAGAAACAUCUGAGUUUUCACAGAUCUGAUGAGCAGCUGCCACCAAUUGCAGCACUUUUUCUUCACCACCACCGCUCUCCACCUGGACCUUCAAUCGGUCUGAACUGCUCAGACUAUCUCUUACACACACACACACACACACCCACACACGCAGUCAUACACUCUUGUCUCCUGCUCCUGUUGCGCUUGUACUGCACUCCUGCCACAACAUGCAGCUCCUGGUGGUGUUAGCAGCUCUCAUGGGGGUUCUGUUCAGCGUAAGAGCAGCUGCCGUGCUUCCUCUGGAAGACAGGAGCCCCAUCCAUGCGAACAGGGAGCUGAGUAAAGAGCGUAAAGAGCUGAUCCUGAAGCUGGUGUCUGGCUUAUUAGAUGGAGCUCUGGACACCAACAUGCUGCCUGGCGAAGCAGCUCCUGUGGACCUUGAGGAGCCGCUGGAGUCCCGCCUGGAGGAGAGGGCCGUCUACAACAGGCUAUCUCUGCCUCAGCGUGACCGCAAAGCGCCCUGUAAAAACUUCUUCUGGAAAACGUUCACCUCGUGUUAACAGAGCCCAAAAACCGCCUGGCUCUGUACUUCCGUUUUUUUUUUUUUUCUCCCCCGCUCCUCAGCUCAACAUGAACUGCAGUAGAUCUCAGCUGUACAUAUCAUCUACACCUGUGCAGCAUCGAUGGACUUCACUGAGACAGUGUGUAUGUCUUAAUACUGACUAUUUAUGUACACAAUAUAUGUAUUUAUGUAUCGUACCGUACGGGUUUAUUUCAGGCUUAAUAAAAAGCAUGGAUUAUAAUGUUGGAAACAAAAGCGGCAGUUGAUUCUGCAAAAAAAAAAAAAAAAAAAAAUUAAACAGGAGGUCAUAUUUUUCACCUGCUUCUAGAGUCCAAAUACAAAGUCAGAUCAAAUGCAAAAACAA